AUGUCCGCGCUCUUCACCGUCCCGAUCGUCUCGACUGGUGGCUCCAUCGUAUGCACCAAUCCAUCAGACCAGAAGAAUAUCUACCUGCUGACCUUCACUUCACCCGCGGAUAACCGAAUGACCCCGACAUUCAUCGAUGCGCUUAUCCUGGCUCUGGAUAUUAUUGAACAACGGUAUCCGAAGGGGGUGGUGGUGACAACCAGCGGGAUUACCAAGUUCUACAGCAAUGGUCUAGAUCUCGAGCUUGCUGUCAGCACGGAAGGGUUCCUAGACAAAUGGUUAUGGCGCCUUUUCAGACGAUUUUUAACGUACCCCAUGCCAACUGUAUGUCUGCUCAACGGACACGCCUUUGCGGGCGGAUUCAUGUUGGCCAUGUACCACGAUUAUCGCGUUCAAAAUCCAGCAAAGGGAUUCCUUUGUGUGAAUGAGUUGGAAUUUGGCGUACCGCUUCAGACACCCAUGAUGUCAAUUUUUCGGGAAAAGUUGACCCCUAGCACAUUCCGGAAUGUUGUCUUGGAGGCUCAUCGUUUUGGAGGCAAGGAUUCACUGCAAGCUGGCAUUGUUGACGGUUUGGGUGGAUUAGAUGAGGUUCUUGGGUUGAUUCGCGACCGAAAACUUCUCACUAAGGCUUCCACUGGUAUAUAUGGUACCAUGAAAGAGGAAAUGUAUUCCCAGAUAUUAAAUGGUCUGGAUGAUCAUGCGGGGAAUCUAGCCUGGCGGGAGAAGGUGGAACAAAAGAAAGGUGAUUUGCAAACUCAGAGUCUACAAGAUGUAGAGGAAUGGGAGAAGAGCAAGGCCAAACUUUGA